GUGCAUUGCUGUGAAUUGACGAUGACAUUCAAAGUCGGCUUCGUACCUGAGCAAGUCUCACUCCCGAUCUAUCGACUUGCAGAUGCGGACAGUUCGAUCGAGCUUGUAGAAUGUCCCGGCGGUACAGGAGAGAUGAUAGGCCGGCUGAACGAGAAUGAGGUCGAUGUCGCCAUUGCGCUCACAGAGUCACUCAUCGCCGGUCUAGCAACCGGCAAGGGCAGAUACAAACUAGUCGGCUCGGCUGUAGACUCUCCGCUCAAUUGGGCAGUAGUCACAGGCAAGAAGAGCAGCUAUGAGUCGAUCGGAGAUCUCAGAAAGACGGUCAUUGGGAUCAGUCGAGUGGGAUCUGGCUCUCAGGUCAUGGCCAACUAUAUGGCUUGGCAGCAGAAGUGGUUCAGCGAUGCCGCGAACGAGACUGUUGAGCCUAUCGAGUUUGUCGUCCUCAAUACGUUUGAAGCACUGCGAAAUGCGACCAAUGACGGCACAAUUUCCGCCUUUCUGUGGGAAUGGUACACCACAAAGCCCUACUUAGACUCGGGCGAGGUGCGCUUCAUAGGUUCAGUCGUCACGCCAUGGCCAUCUUGGACGAUUGCGCGCAGCCUUGCUAGCCAACCAGAGGCAGUGACAAGCUUUCUCGAUAACUUGUCGAAGCACACCCGUGAGGCGGACUCACAAGCAUCGCGAGAUGGACCGAACGUCGACUACAUCGUUCACAAAUUUGGCUACAACAGAGAAGACUUUGUCGAGUGGCAAAAGAAUGUCAAGUAUCCUCACGACACGCGGAUCGUCAAGGAAGGACUGAUCAUUAGCGUGCUCGACACGCUAGGAAGAGCAGGUGUCGUCAAGGACCCGUCAUCGGGAUGGCAUAUCGAAGAAUUUGUCGAUACCAAAGUAGCGAAUCUGAUCAGCGAGUUAUGA